AUAGCUCUGCCGACCGUUUAGAUUUUCUCUCCUUUUAAUUCAAACAUUUGUUUUCAAUGUGCGAUGAGCAGACAGUGAAGUUUUGUAGUUGUACCCAAUCUGAGAUUUGCAUUUUAUUUUGGGUGUGGCGGACUGACUGUUCUUACGAGAUCUGAUCAACUUGAGCUGUUGGUUUGACUAAUCGUCGUAUCUGUUAGCCGUUAGGGUUUCCCAGGUAUGGAAAGUGAGUGUACAACAACGAGCUCAACCCCUCCUCAGAGGGUUACUGAAGGGAACCCCAAAUCGCGUCAGGGGAGGACGAGUGGCCCUGCUAGACGUUCUACUCGAGGUCAAUGGACUGCAGAGGAGGAUGAGAUUUUGACAAAAGCUGUCCAUAGUUUUAAAGGGAAAAACUGGAAGAAGAUUGCUGAAUUUUUCAAGGAUCGAACUGAUGUCCAGUGCCUCCACAGGUGGCAGAAGGUCCUUAAUCCUGAACUUGUUAAAGGUCCUUGGACCAAGGAGGAAGAUGAAAUGAUAGUUCAGUUAAUCCAAAAAUAUGGGCCCAAGAAGUGGUCCACCAUUGCUCGAUUUUUGCCUGGCCGUAUUGGAAAGCAGUGUAGAGAAAGGUGGCACAAUCACCUCAACCCUGCCAUAAACAAGGAAGCUUGGACUCAAGAAGAAGAGCUGCUUCUCAUUCGUGCUCAUCAAAUCUAUGGUAAUAGAUGGGCAGAGUUGACAAAGUUCUUGCCUGGAAGGUCUGAUAAUGGAAUUAAAAACCAUUGGCACAGCUCAGUCAAGAAGAAACUCGAUUCCUAUAUGUCCUCUGGGCUUCUGGAUCAGUACCAAGCCAUGCCUCUAGCUCCUUACGAUAGAAACUCUUUUAUGCAGAGUACUAUGGAUGGUAGUGGCUGCGUGAGUGGACAGGCAGAGCAAGAAAUAGAACAUGGUAUAAUGAACAUGGGGCAACAUUUUCACCCGUGUGAAAACUCUCAGUAUUAUUAUCCAGAGUUGGAAGAUAUCUCAGUCUCCAUCUCAGAAGCCUCUUAUGACAUGGAGGACUGUUCACAGUUUCCUGAUCAUAACGUCUCGGCUUCUACGAGCCAGGAUUACCAAUUUGACUUUCAGGAUCUGUCGGAUAUUUCACUGGAGAUGAGUCAGAACAUGUCAGGGUUACCAAUGACAUACACCAAGGAGAGGAAGGAAGCCUCUCUAGGGGCUCCGAACUCCAAGUCAAAUAUAGAUGUAGCUGCGUACACCAACACAUCUGAAACGGAAUGUUGCAGAGUUCUUUUCCUUGAUCAAGAGAGCGAAGGGGUCAGUGUUUCUAGAUCUUCAACCCAAGAGCCACACGAGGUUUUGUGUGCAUCAGCUUCAGACAGCCAGGUUUCAGAAGCUACAAAAUCUCCUAUGAAGAGCUCUUCUUCAAUGUCCAUUGCAACACCCGCCUCAGGCAAAGAAACUCUUCGGCCGGCUCCCUUAAUCAUAACACCCGAUAAGUAUUCCAAGAAGUCAUCCGGAUUGAUAUGUCAUUCUUUUGAGACUAAUGAAAAUGGUAGCUUCAUAUGCAUCAAUGAUCCUUCAACCUCUACUUGUGUUGAUGAAGGGCCUAACAACUCCACCGAAGAUUAUCAUUUAAAUGAUUCCAAAAAGCUGGUUCCAGUGAACGAUUUUGCUUCUCUGGCAGAAGCUAAGCCACACUCUCUUCCUAAGCAUGAAACAAACAUGUCAAGCGAGCAGCAUCAUGAGGAUAUGGGAGCAUCAUCAUCAAGUCUAUGUUUUCCAAGCCUGGACCUACCUGCUUUCAACGAUCCGGUCCACGAUUAUAGCCCUCUUGGCAUACGCAAGCUGCUGAUGUCCAGCAUGGCGUGCAUGAGCCCGCUUAGGCUGUGGGAGUCUCCCACUGGGAAAAAGACGUUGGUUGGUGCAAAGUCAAUCCUGAGGAAACGCACGCGUGAUCUGCUGACACCUCUAUCUGAGAAGAGGAGUGAUAAGAAGCUUGAAACUGAUAUAGCAGCUAGUCUGGCAAAAGAUUUUUCACGCCUGGAUGUUAUGUUUGAUGAGAGUGAGAAUCAAGAAUCUAUCUCUGGAAUGCCAGAAGAAACCAUGGAUGUCAGUAAAUCACUUGUACAACCACAGCAAACUUGCUUGGAGGCAAAUGUUCAACAUGCUCAAAGUUUCUCCGGUGUUCUUUCUGAGAGCAAUACCAACAAGCAAGUUCUGUCUCCUCCUGGUCAAUCAGUAACCAAAGCAGAGAAGACACAAGUCUCAACCCCAAGAAAUCACUUGCAGAGAACCCUCAUGGCUACUUCUAACAAAGAACAACAUUCUCCUUCGAGUCUUUGUUUGGUCAUUAAUUCGCCUUCUCGAGCCAGAAACACCGAGAGUCAUCUUGCUAACAACGAGACAAACAAUGAGAAUUUCAGCAUAUUCUGUGGAACUCCAUUCAGGAGAGGUCUUGAAUCUCCCUCAGCCUGGAAAUCUCCGUUUUACGUCAACUCUCUCUUGCCCAGCCCAAGGUUUGACACAGACAUAACUAUCGAGGACAUGGGCUACAUUUUCAGUCCAGGGGAGAGAAGCUACGAGAGCAUAGGAAUGUUUACACAGAGACACGAGCAUACAAGUGCAUUCGCAGCAUUCAAUGCAAUGGAAAUUUCACUUUCCCCAAGUACUGAUGAUGCAAAGAAGAUGAAGGACUUGGAUAAAGAGAAUAAUGAUCCUCUAAUGGCGGAGGGUCGAGUGCUGGACUUCAACGAUUGCGAGUCUCCCACCAUAACAGAAGAAGUCUCAUCCUACCUCUUGAAGGGGAUGUAGGUAAAAAAGGCUAGAACCUCCUCCUCAAUACAUAAUAUUCAAUGCACAUACAUGAACAUGUAUAAACAAUGUAUGGUAUCUUCUAUAAACAGAGCUUGUCCCUGCUUGGAUCUAAUUCUCUUCUUCUUUUUUCUUUCUAGUGAAUCAACUUGAAUGAAUUUACGUACACUCUGUGUUCA